AUGGAAAAGAGAGCCCCCAGCGCACUUCUACACCAUGCACACCAGAUACCGCCGAGGACAGUGGACCCGCAACGACGCAUGAGCAGCCAGGAGACGCUAUACAACCAGCCAGUGGUGCUGGACAAUGGGUCGGGCAUCAUCAAGGCCGGCUUCAGUGGCGAGGAGAAACCCAAGUGUUUUGAGUACUCGUUGAUCGGCACCACUAAGUACAACAAGGUGAUGGCGGGGGGGCUGGAGGGCGACACUUUCAUCGGCAACCAGGCACAGGAGCUGCGCGGGCUGCUGAAGCUGCGGUACCCGCUGCAGCACGGGAUUGUGACGAACUGGGCGGACAUGGAGCAGGUGUGGGGGUAUGUGUUCAACAAGAGCCUGCAGCUGCAGAACGUCGAGGACCAUCCGAUCCUGGUGACGGAGGCGCCGCUGAACCCGCACAAGAACCGGGAGAAGAUGUGCGAGCUGCUGUUCGAAUCGUUCAACGUGCCGGCGCUGUACGUGUCGGUGCAGGCGGUGCUGUCGCUGUACGCGAGCGGGCGGACCACGGGGUGCGUGGUGGACUGCGGCGACGGGUGCUGCCACGCGGUGCCCGUGUUCGACGGGUUCUCGGUGCCGUCGUCGAUCCGGCGCAUCGACAUCGCCGGGCGCGACAUCACCGAGUUCCUGCAGCUGCUGCUGCGCAAGACCACGGGCGUGUCGCUGCUGUCCAGCAGCGAGCGGGAGAUCGUGCGGACGAUCAAGGAGAAGGCCUGCUUUGUGACCAAGGACCCGAAGCUCGAGGAGCAGAACUUCCCGAUGAACCCCAGCUUCAGCAAGUUCAAGCUCCCCGACGGCAAGACCAUCGAGCUCGGCCAGGAGCGCUACCGGGCGCCCGAGAUCCUGUUCCAGCCCGAGCUGAUCGGCUCCGAGUUCGAGAGCCUGCCGGACAUGUGCUACCAGAGCAUCGGCAAGGUCGACCUCGACCUGCGCAGCCUGCUGUACUCCAACAUCCUGCUGAGCGGCGGCACCUCCAUGCUGCCGGGCUUCGGCGACCGCCUGCUCAAGGAGCUCAAGAGCCUGUCCGGCUCGCGCACCAAGAUCAAGAUCUUCGCGCCGCCCGAGCGUAAGUACAGCACCUGGAUCGGCGGCUCGAUCCUCUCGGGCCUCUCCACGUUCAAGAAGCUCUGGGUCACCAAGAGCGAGUGGGAGGAGUUCCCCGACUGCAUCCACUCCAGGUUUAUGUGA